UUAUGGUUAUUGCUUACAGGCUGGUCAAUUAAUUUCCAUACCACUGAGGUUAAAAUUGCAUUGUUUUGUUAUAUGAAGCAAUGGAGUGGACAGCAUUCUUAACUAAGACACAAGCUGUAAUUUCUUGGUUUGAGAGCUGUCUUGCAGUAGUAAGAGAGUAUACACUAAGCUGAAACAUUAUGACCACUCCCAUGUAAAGAGAAUAAUGUUGAUUACCUUGUAAAAACCAUGGGUGUCGAGGUCUGGAAUAUAUUAGAUGGUAAAUAUUUGGUACUGUUAGUCUACAUGGUGAAUGCAGAAGAAAUGGGUAGGGAUAAAAAUCUGAGUGACUUUGACAAGGGUCAAAUCAUUAUGGUCAGACAACUGGGUUAGAGCAUCUCUGAAAGUGCUGUGAGGAGAGAAAAACCACAAAACACCAACAGAAUGUUGGGAGGCCAGGACUCAUCCAUGUGGGAUGUGAAUCAAGGCUAUCCCCUUUGGUACAAACCAAUAUAAGGAACACUGUGAUACACAUAGCAGAUAAUUUUUAUGGUGAUCACAGGAGUAAUAUGUCACGACACACAGGGCAUCAAGCCUGUUGUGUAUGGGGCUACAUAACCACAGGCCAGUCAGAGUAUCCAUGUGGACCCCUGUUCACCAUCAAUAGUGCCAUCCCGUUUUCUGUUCCAUCACGUGGAUGACUGGGAAGGUGUCAAGAAUCUGUGGGAUGUGUUAGAGCAACAAGUCUGAUCUACGGCUCUGUAGCCCCGUACACAGUAGGGCUUCAUGCACUGUGUGUUGUGAUGCAUUAUUCCUGUGACCAUCAUCAAAAUGAUCUGUCACUUGAGCCACAGUAGCCCUUCUUUUGAUUUGUAAUACACUGGAUAACCUUCGUUCUCAUCUCACAUCGAUCUGUCCUGGCUGUCCAUCAUCUCAUUGACGUUUCACAGUUUCUUCGUCUCCUCAGACCACUUUCAGUAGGUACUCACCACGGCUAAGUGUGGGCACCCCACAAGCUGUGCCGUUUUGGAGAUGAUCUGACCCUUGUCAAAGCCAUUCACAUCUUUAUCCCCGUCUAUUUCUUCUGCCCCCAACAUAUCAUCUAGGAGUAUUCAGCUUUAUCUUACUGUCUAAUAUAUCCCAGAUCAUGACAUUUAUUAUUCACUUUACAUGGGGGGUGAUUAUAAUGUUUUGCCUUGUUGUUGUAUAUGCAGAGUAUGUGUAGUACAAAAGCUGAUGCUUAAUUGAUUUAAAAUUUGUUGGCACCUGAGUUGUGUACAAAAUGUGCAAAAUCAAAAUCAUCUUAGUUUCUGAUUUAUUUUGUCUAGGGGAUGGUCUUCAGUUUCCUAAGUCAAUGUUUUCUUUAAUAGAUACUAAGUUCAUUUUGACCAAUCUAAAUGAAAUAGAAGGAUGAAAUGAGACUGGCCAGUGUAACAAGGUCUAAAAAAAGGCUUGUUUGAAGAUCUUGACCCUAGAGGAUUUAUACCUUCUUUUUUUUUGGAUCAAGUGGUAGUUGAAACUAAUAAAAAAAAAAGUAGAUGUCCUGUUUAGGUUCGUUUAAUGUGUGAUUUUCUGAAAGACAAGCCAACUGUUGGAAGAUGUGAAAAGUUGUAAUGGGAGGAUAAUGAGAUGUAAAGAGACAUGAUUGUGCAUGGUGGUAGGGGGCUGGUAGUGGAUAUGGGCUUGCUCAGUUCUGUGCUGCUGUGUUGGCACCCCAGAGAGUUGUUCUUUAUGAUUUGUGCUGACAGGUGGGUCUGAGCACAGGGGGGAUUGUUUCCCUGAGGUUAGAUGCUAUUCCAGCAGCUUGAUUAAUGAGCAGAGGGCUCUCUGACUCACCAUGGGGCCACUACUCUAAUCUAUCCCAGCAAUGUCAACCAGAGAGUCCAAUCAGUGCCGACUGGAAAGGAUUCGCUACAAAUUAGUAAGCAUCAAUGUCUGCCAGUGCCCACGCUACCUGCAACUACAAAGCCUGAAAACAGCAUUGUGCCAUUUUCCAACCGGCAGCUGUGAGCUGUAAUGUAACUGUAAUUGUGCGAAAGUCUCCCAUGAAUUAGGGUCUUACUGACAGAAUAAAGUAAGAGCAGGUUGGCCUCCUCUCCAUUUGCUGUCAGCACUUUAUUAGUUUUUAACUGACUAUGUGGCAGCCAAAAAAAGUAUAGCAGUUCGAAAGCGUAUGCUACUUCCUAACUGGGCUGCAAAGAGGUUUGAUUGUACCAUUUUUCCGCAGUGCAGUAUAGUCUUAGAGCAUGUUUUGGAUGGUUUGAGCUUCCAGCCAGAGCUGAGUAAGCUCUUUAAACUCAAACUUUGAGAAGAAAUGUUAUGUAUUUGUCCACAUUUAUUUGGCUGGCAAAAUCAGACAUCUUUUUCCUCCACACGCAUGGUGAUGCAGCAGCAGUUCACAUUGCUGUCUUCUGCUACCAUCCAUGGCUCCUGCUGGUUGCUAGGCAGCAGGGCUUCUACAUAGUGGAAGCCAGUUCCACACAGGCUGCAGCAGCCUCUCUAUGGAGCCCCUUCAGCCAAUCAGGUGCCUUCAUGAAGGAACGCAACCAUAGCCACUUGCUCCUCCUCUCUCCCUCUCUUGCUCUGUUUCACUCUCUCUCUCUCUUGCUUACUCUCUCUCUCUCGCUCAUGCUUGUUUGCUCCCUCUCUCUCGCUCUCCCUCUCUCUCUAACUCUCUCACUUUCUCAUUCUCUCACUUUCUCCUGCUCUCUUUCCCUGCCUCUCUCCCUCAUUUCUUCAAUGAAGCUCUCCAGGAAGGGAGAGGGGUGGCAAAAAAAACAAAGUCUCUGCUGCGCAGCCACCCAUGCCAUGGGCCCUGGAUGUGUGCUGGCUGGCUCUGAGGGGAAUGAGAAGCCAUCUGGUACUGCCUGAUGAGCGUGAAGGGCUGCUUCACUGACUUCCACAUCGACUUUGGGGGCACAUCUGUAUGGUACCACGUCCACAAGGGAAGGAAGGUUUUCUGGCUUGUCCCUCCCACCCCCCACAACCUGUCUCUGUAUGAGGAUUGGGUGCUUUCAGGGAAGCAAAGUGACAUUUUCCUGGGUGACCGUGCUGACGGCUGCCAGAGGGUGGAGUUGCAGCAGGGGUUCACCUUUUUCAUCCCUUCAGGGUGGAUUCACGCUGUCUACACUCCUGAGGACACGCUCGUAUUUGGUGGGAACAUCCUGCACAGCUUUAACAUUCCCAUGCAGCUUACUAUCUAUGAGAUUGAGAACAGAACAAAGGUUCAUGCCAAAUUCCGCUAUCCUUUCUACUAUGAGAUGUGCUGGUAUGUCGUGGAGAGAUAUGUGCACUGCUUGGCUAAACGGUCUCAUCUAAGCAGCGAGUUCCGGAGGGAAUCUGUGUUAAUUGAUGCUGAUAGGAAGCUGAGCACUGAGAGCUUCUCCUCUGACUCGAGGCUUGACAUGGAAGAGGACUCCUGCGAGACACAGCUGCAGGAUGAGCGGCAUGCUCGUCCCCCAAGACAGGCCCACACAAAUGACUCCGAUGACACUCCCGUUAACCCAGUAGACCUGCCCAGGACCCCUACAGGGUCACCUGUGCCAGAACCCCCAAGUAAAUGGACCCACCUAACUGAAUUUGAACUUAAGGGGCUAAAGGCUCUUGUAGAAAAGCUGGAGUCCCUUCCUGAAAACAAGAAGUGUGUUCCAGAAGGCAUUGAGGACCCGCAGGGUCUACUGGAGGACAUGAAGGUUGUCCUGAAGGAGCAUGCUGACGACGACCCGGAGCUGGCCCUGACUGGCGUGCCCAUUGUCUGCUGGCCCAAGAAAUCCAAGCAGCGACCUCCCAACCGGCCCAAGCCCAAAGCGGGAGCGCCAUCGACACCUACCGGUGCUAAGCUGUCGGGGGGGCGUGGCACGUCAGGCGCUCGGCGCCGGCGGACCCGCUGCCGCAAGUGCGAGGCCUGCCUGCGCACCGAGUGUGGGGAGUGCCACUUCUGCAAGGACAUGAAGAAGUUUGGCGGGCCAGGCCGCAUGAAGCAGUCCUGCAUCAUGAGGCAGUGCAUCGCGCCUGUCCUGCCCCACACCGCCGUGUGCUUAGUCUGCGGGGAAGCCGGCAAGGAGGACACAGUCGAGGGGGAGGAAGAGAAGUUCAAUGUCAUGCUCAUGGAGUGCUCCAUCUGCAACGAGAUUGUGCACCCUGGCUGCCUGAAGGUAAAAGAUGCUGGUGGUGUAGUGAAUGAGGAGCUGCCUAACUGCUGGGAAUGUCCGAAGUGCAAUCAUGCGGGGAAGACUGGGAAAGCCUACAAGCAAAAAAGAGGACCAGGGUUCAAGUAUGCGUCAAACCUGCCCGGCUCCUUGCUGAAGGAGCAGCGCGUCAACCGUGAGAUCAAGGAGGAGCCCGACCCAGUCAGUGGCACCAAGAGGAAGGCAGACCGUGAGGAGACCCCCAAGCAAAAGCUGGAGGAGCCACCCAGAAAGCGGCCCCCCGUCAUACCUGUCCAGUCUGUGCCCCCCACUGACAGUCAGCAGGCCCGGCCCAAAGCUGAGGACAGUCCCCUGCGGAGGAAGAGGAAGAUGUCUGAGAAAGAGCCGGAGCCCAGUGCCAGGAAACUGAAAUCCUCCAGGUCUGAUGACCCCACAAUCCCCCCACUCAUGAAGGAGAUCAAGAUAGAGAAGGAGGUAGGGUCCCAGCAGAAAGAGGAGGGAGAGCAGGAGCUGGGGGAUAGAGAGAUGAAGGAAAAGAAGGCAGAAGAACAUGACGAUGAUGAGGAAGAGGAGGAGGAUGACGAGGAGGAAGAAGACGCAGCUGAGGAGGAAGCAGAGGAAGCAUCUCUUGGGGCCACCCAAGGGCACACGGGUAAUGGCUCGUUAAACCUUACCCAAGUUGCCCCUGCGGUCCGGGAAAGUGACCGGUCGCGCUCCAGCUCCCCACGGGCAGGGCCCAGCGGCGAGGGUGCUGAGGAGCCCCAGGACAAGGGCCAGCCGCGGCCGCGUCGCAAGCGGCAGCUGCCCAAUAAGGAGUUGAGCAAAGAGCUGAGUAAGGAGCUCAACCAGGAGAUCCAGAAGACCGAGGACUGCCUGGCCAAUGAGACGCGUCGGCCGCUGCAGCCGGAGCGAGAGAGCGAGGGCGAGGAGGCCAAGCGAGUACUCAAUAAUGGCAGCCAGCUGGCUGACGAGCGGCUUCGCCCCAAGGCCCGUGAGGUUAACGGCGCCCCCCGGGAGCUGCGGCCUCACCACUAUCCCCCACAGCAGCUCUCCCCUCUGGGUUGGAGCCGGAGCCCGCCCAGUGUACCUGGUGGGGGCCGACCUCCUCCCUGUCGCUCCCCGCCCAGGUGCGUGCAGAUGGAGCGACAUGUCAUCCGCCCCCCGCCCAUCAGCCCCCCACCUGACUGCCUGCCCCUGGACGGCGGGCAGACACACGUGAUGCGCAGGGAGGUGUGGAUGUCUGUCUUCAGGCACCUGUCGCACAAGGAGCUGUGCGUCUGCAUGCGUGUUUGCAAGACCUGGAACAGGUGGUGCUGUGACAAGCGACUGUGGACGAGCAUAGACCUGAACCGCUGCAAGUCCAUCACACCCCUCAUGUUGAGCGGAAUCAUCCGGCGGCAGCCUGUCUCUCUGGACCUGAGCUGGACCAACAUCUCCAAGAAGCAGCUGAGCUGGCUCAUCAACAGGCUCCCUGGCCUCCGGAUCCUGCUGCUGUCGGGAUGCUCCUGGGUGGCCGUCUCGGCUCUCUGCACCUCCAGCUGCCCCCUGCUGCGUACCUUGGACGUGCAGUGGGUGGAGGGGCUAAAAGACCCACAGAUGAGGGACCUCUUGUCACCUCCUACUGACAACAGACCAGGUCAAAUGGACAACAGGAGCAAACUGCGCAACCUAGUGGACCUGCGUCUGGCAGGCCUGGACAUCACAGACGCCUCGCUCCGCCUUAUCAUCCGCCACAUGCCCCUGUUGGCCCGGCUAGACCUCAGCUACUGCAACCACAUCACAGAUCAGUCAGUCAACAUCCUGACGGCUGCAGGCACAACGACUCGCGAUUCUCUGACGGAAAUCAACCUGUCAGUGUGCAACAGGGUCACGGACCAGUCUCUGGCCUACUUCAAACGUUGUGGGAGCAUCUGCCACAUCGACCUGCGCUUCUGCAAGCAGGUGACCAGGGAGGGCUGUGAGAGGUUCAUAGCAGAAAUGAGCGUCAGCGUGCAGUUUGGACUUGUAGAGGAGAAACUCCUGCAGAAGAUCAGCUAGUUCUUGCUGGGGCCUUUAGAGACUAAUUGUACAGAGGAGACUCGGUGCAACCAGCAGUGUGUUGUUUCCAAAAUGAGGUUUGUUUAUUUGUUUGUUUUUUCAUUUAUUUAUUGAUGUUUUUUUACGUGGGGGAUAUUUUUGUUUUUGGUCACAGAAAAUGAACAAUCAUUAAAAAGACAUUUAAAAAGAUGAACAUUAAGUUUAAAUUGUGUAGGAAAAAGUGAGCGAAAUGCAAGCAUUUUGUUUUCAGUGCUGAAGUCUCCCCCUCGAUACUCAAGGAAUUUGCGUGUGAUCGUUUGUGCUGCUAAAGCUGGUGAGUUUGUCCAUGAUGUAAUAUUAACUGUGUACAGAAGACCGAACUGGACUCUGCUCUGAAAAAAAUAGCAUGUUUUUAUGUUUCCUUUUUAAAUUUCUUUUUGUUACAAUUGUAUCAACAUUAUCUUGUUUAAAACAGCCACAAUGUUUCAGAAACAGAAAUGACCAGAGUUGGUCUGUUUAUUGUAAUUUUUUUUGAAAACUUUGUUUACCAAGUUUUUUUUUGUUACAAUGCAAACCUCAUGCAUUAUUCAGAAAUAUUUUUGUAUCAAAGUGUUUCAAGCUCCAGCGUAUGCAGUAUUGAAUGCACUGUCGUCUCGUUUAAUUGACAAUAUUCAAUCUGCAUCGUUGUUUUCCUUGGGCUGACUUUAAAUUGUACUUAAGAGUGAUGCCUGUAGUAGCUGGUUCCCAUGGAGGUGUUGCGUAUUAAUUUAUGCCGUGUUGUUUUAUCUGACGUGGGUGUUCCGAUUUACCAGUACAGAGGUACUUCACCUUUUUCAAAUUACUAUGUAUUACUCAGUCUAUUUCAAUGUGUUUAUACCUGGGGAAUCUGGGGGGUGGGGGGAAGACGAUUUGCACUGUUUGACAUGAAUAAAUAUAACUAUUUUUUUCCAAGGUUUAUCAGAUAUUUAUAUGGGGAGGUUUGCCGGGUUGUUCUUGUUAGGGGCCUUGGUCAUUCAGAAAUGUUGGCAUAACACACAGCAGCUUAGCGUAGAAUGGCUAACUUGUUUUAAAAACCUUUUUUUAAUAUAAACUUUAUUUGUGCCCCA